GUGGAAGAAAGUCAAAUCGUUUCGAUAAACACGUGGCUUGGUGUUUAUCAGUGAUGUAGUAAGAAUAACAUAUUCUGAGUUUGACCUCACUGACCCAUGUAAUAUCAUGGCAGUAAUACAACUUUAUUUCCAAAUAGACGUAGUUAUGCUGUAUUGCAGUAUGUAUUGUUCUCUUGCCACUUUAUUAUUGUAGACUCAAUGAAGUGAACACACGUUACAUCGAUAGGAAGUCUUUUUGUAUUUUUUACGCGAUUAUAUGGUGUCACAUUAAAGGCUUUUCAAUUACGCAAGUGCGAACUGAAUGUGAAUUUAUUAAUAGUAUACUUCAUCAUGUCUUCAGCACGUUGUAUGAAUAAUUUAAAAGGCAAAAUAAUAGCAAUCAGAAGAGAAGAUCAAUCAGUAUGGGAAAGAAGAGCCCCUUUGGCACCUGCGAAUGUUCGCCAAUUAAUUAGGGCAGGAGUGAAAGUAAUUGUACAACCUAGUAAUAGAAGAGCUUAUCCUGCACAUGCUUACCAAGCUGCAGGCGCUAUACUACAAGAGGAUAUUAGUCCUGCUUCCGUCAUUUUUGGAGUUAAACAAGUUCCUGUGGAUCAACUUAUAUCGAAUAGAACUUACUGUUUCUUUUCUCAUACUAUUAAGGCGCAAGAAAGUAAUAUGCCUCUUCUGGAUGCUAUUUUGGAAAAGAAUAUACGUUUGUUAGAUUAUGAAAAGUUAACAGAUGAUAAUGGACAAAGAGUGGUUGCCUUCGGGAAAUAUGCUGGUGUAGCUGGUAUGGUGAAUAUAUUACAUGGACUUGGAUUAAGAUUACUUGCGUUAGGACAUCAUACACCAUUCAUGCAUAUUGGUCCAGCACACAAUUAUAGAGAUUCCGCUAUGGCAAGGCAAGCUAUACGAGAUGCAGGAUACGAAAUAGCAUUAGGUGCUAUGCCUAAAUCGAUUGGACCAUUGACUUUUAUUUUCACUGGCAGUGGCAAUGUAAGUCAAGGCGGUCAAGAAGUUUUUCAAGAGCUUCCUCACGAAUACGUUCCACCCGAAAUGUUGAAAAAGGUUGCCGAACAUGGCGAUACAACGAAGAUAUACGGAUGCGAGGUAAGACGAAGACAUCAUCUAGAAAGAAAAGAUGGAGGUGGUUUUGAUUCUGAUGAGUGUGACAAGCAUCCUGAGAGAUAUAUUUCCACUUUCAGCAAAAAGAUUGCACCAUACGCAUCGGUGAUAAUUAAUGGAAUAUAUUGGGCUGUUGACUCGCCUAAAUUGUUAACAAUACCAGAUGCAAAAUACUUGCUAAGACCAGCUUAUACUCCCUGGUUACCAUCAAGUGUUGGUGCUCCUUCUUUACCCCACCGAAUGUUAGCUAUCUGUGAUAUAUCUGCAGACCCUGGUGGCAGUAUCGAGUUCAUGAACGAAUGUACAACGAUUGACACUCCAUUUUGUUUAUACGAUGCUGAUCGUAACAAAGAUACAAAGUCUUUUAAAGGACCCGGAGUGUUAGUCUGUUCGAUUGACAAUAUGCCAACUCAACUGCCAAAAGAAUCUACGGAUUUCUUUGGAAAUCUUUUAUAUCCUUACGCGUUGGAUAUUAUUCAGUCGGAUGCGAAAGCACCAUUAGAAGAACAUAACUUUAGUCCAGCAGUACAUGAUGCAAUAAUAGCAUCCAACGGACGGUUAACACCUAAUUUUGAAUAUAUCCAAGAAUUAAGGUUACUAAAUCACCGUUGUAGACAUAAGGCAGACAAUAGAGAAGCACAAAGCAAAAAGGUGGUCGUUCUUGGCGCUGGACACGUCUCGGCCCCGUUGGUUGAAUAUUUACAUAGAGAUAAUAACAUACAUUUAACUGUUGCAUCUCAAUUGAAAGAGGAGGCAGACGUAUUAGCAAAUAAUUUCCCCGGGGUAGAACCGGUUCUGCUAGAUGUAAUUGAACGUCCUGAUACUUUAAACGACAUUGUAAAAUCGGCAGAUGUAGUGGUUUCAUUGUUACCGUAUUCUCUACAUCAUGUUAUUGCGAAUGUAUGCAUACAUGCUAAAACUCACCUAGUGACUGCGAGUUACACGAAUGAAGAUGUUAAAGCUUUACACACAGAGGCUGUUGCAUCAGAAGUGACUAUACUUAACGAAGUAGGGCUUGAUCCUGGUAUUGAUCAUUUAUUGGCUCUAGAAUGUUUUGACAAUGUUAAACAAGCUGGUGGAAAAAUCGAAUCUUUUGUAUCUUGGUGUGGCGGUUUACCCGCUCCAGAAUGUUCCUCUAAUCCUUUACGAUAUAAAUUUAGUUGGUCGCCACGUGGAGUGUUGCUGAAUACAUUAUCAUCGGCUAGAUUCUAUUCUAAUAAGCAAAUUGUAGAAAUAGAAUCAGGAGGAGACCUUAUGUCCGCCGUUCAAGAUUUGGACUUUUUGCCCGGUUUUGCGUUGGAAGGUUUUCCCAAUCGUGAUAGUACAAUUUACAAGGAUUUAUAUGGACUCAAUAAUGUACAAACAAUGCAGCGAGGUACAUUAAGAUAUAAAGGUUUCUGUAACACAAUACGAGCCUUACAGUUUCUUGGACUAACUGAUCUUAACCCACACCCAAGUUUGCAUCCAAAUGGUCCAGAUAUUACAUGGAGAGUAUUAAUUUGCAAUUUGCUUGGUUUGGCGAAUGAUAAUAUCUUCUAUGGAAAUUUGAAAAGGAAGUUGGCAGAAAUGCUAAACUCGGAAGAGAGCGUAAAAGCAAUUGAAGACUUGGGACUUCUUGAAGAAGAUUUAGUCUUGAAGUUGAAUACGCCUCUUGAUACUUUGACACAUUAUUUGUCGAAAAAGCUGUGCUAUGAUCAAAAUGAACGAGAUCUAGUAAUUCUGAGACACGACGUUGGAAUACUCUGGCCAGACAACAGAAGAGAAAACAGAGGAAUUAAUUUGGUGUUGUAUGGCGAAUCACAAGGAUACUCUGCUAUGGCGCGCAGUGUUGGGUAUCCGACGGCAAUAGCAGUUAAAAUGAUCCUUGACGGUGAAAUUCAACAACGAGGAGUAGUCUUUCCGUUUACCCCAGAUAUUUAUCGACCAAUACUUAAUCGAUUGAAAGCUGAAGGAAUAGUAUUUUUUGAGACAUCCAAGUGGAUGUAACAUCUUUAUAAUAUUAAUAACAAGUAAUUAUGAAUAUAAUGUAUAAAUAAAUAUAAUUAUUAACUUA